AAACAGACCAGACUUCUAAAAAACAGUUGAAACCACUCAGAAAAUAAUCAGAAUUUUCACCAAGCUGGCAAAAAUGUGUUGAUUUUCUUUCAUUAAAACGGCAUUCUGAGACUCAGCAUCAAGACUAAAUAACAUAUUGAAGACGGACAUUUUUUACAGCGUGGCGCGCUCCGUGCCAAAAGCGCCGGUUGGAUGGGUAUCACCAGCAUGUGAUCCGGCUGCUGAGUCUGUACGCGCAGCCUCUUAAAUCUGACAGAUCUUUCUUCACCAAACAAUGUAACCCGCUGCAGACGAGCCGUCGCUCCUCUUGGACUGUGGACUAACUGGAGUGACCUCGGGUGUCAUUUGGGGAUGAUGGGGAUGAAGAUGGUGAUGAUGAAUCCGGCAGUUUUUUCCUGCGGAAACCGCCAACUUUCACUCCCUCUGUCUUUCUUCUACUUAUCUGUGUGUCUUUAAAGCGCAACAGCAUGCAGAUAUCCCCGAGUGAAGACAAGGUCCCAGUUGUGGGUUCAACUUCAAACCCUCAGGGCAGUGGAGAAGGCCUUUACUUCUCUGAUGGCCGACGAAAGGUUGACUACGUUCUGGUCUUCCAUCACCGACGCCACAGCUCCAUACGAUCUCUUGCCAGCACCUCAGUUUCACAUGACAGGUUAUCCAUUGUUUCCAAUGGCAACUUUCCCCCUUCGGUGGGCUCAGAUGUGGUGGCAGGAAGAGGUGGCAUACUGGGAGGGCAGGCUGCGAGUGUCGGCGAGGUAUUCAUGGAGCUUGGAGGUGCAGCAGGGAAUGAUCCAACGGAGCCUGCUGACCAUGAGAUGCGUCUAAUCAGACAGGAAUUUGAGGCCAAUCUGCUGGAGGCCGGCCUGGAGAUAGAGAGAGACAGAGAGUUAAAGACCCACGGCCCCAGCUUCACUCGUCUCCAUGCGCCCUGGCCGGUACUGUGUCGAGAGGCUGAGUUUCUCAAGAUUAAAGUCCCUACAAAGACGAGUUAUGAACUUAAAGAGGAAAGUGGUUUCGGGUCCAGCAUGAGCACAAUGUGGAGGAAACUGAACCAGCCUUUCCAGCCUAAAGUACAUGAGAACCACGAACGCACCAAAUUUCUCUCUCACUGCUUCUCCAGGGACAAACUCCACCUGUACAACAUCACAUCUAAAGACACAUUCUUUGACAACGCCACAAGGGGCCGAAUAGUAUAUGAGAUCCUGAGACGGACGGUGUGUGUACGAACCUGUCAAACCAUAGGCAUCAGCACGCUGAUAGCUAAAGGCGUGUAUGACGCUGCCUUCCCUCUUCAUGAUGGUGACUAUAAGGUUAUUGGACACCUUGAGGAGAGGAGCGACAGACAGGUUCUGCAUGAAGAAUGGGCCAGAUACUCAGCCUUUUACAAGUACCAGCCCAUUGAUCUUGUCAGGAAGUACUUCGGGGAGAAGAUCGGUCUGUACUUUGCAUGGCUCGGUGUUUACACUCAGCUACUGAUGCCAGCCUCCAUAGUGGGAAUCAUUGUGUUUGGCUACGGGGUGGCGACAGUGGAUACUAACAUACCCAGUCAGGAGAUGUGUGAUGAGAGUCUCAAUUUCACCAUGUGUCCUCUGUGUGACGGAGCCUGUGACUUCUGGCAUCUCAGCACUGCCUGCGGCACCGCCAGAGCUUCACACCUCUUCGACAACCCCGCCACCGUCUUCUUCGCCAUCUUCAUGUCUCUGUGGGCGGUGCUGUUCCUGGAGCACUGGAAGCGCCGUCAAAUCAGUUUGAGCUUCAGUUGGGAUCUGACAGGCAUCGAAGAGGACGAGGAACAUCCCAGGCCAAAAUACGAGACUAUCCUCCUUCAGAAGAGACAGAGGAAGCAUAAAACUAAGAAAAGGAAGAAAAAGAAUGAGCCAGAGAAGCAGGAGGACGGGACAGUGACAGGGAAGGACAGAUGGAGACAAAAACUACUGUCUGCCAUGGCUGCAGGAAUACCGGCUGCCAUAGACAAGUUGACCUGGAAAGACCGUCUUCCUGGCUACUUCAUCAACGUUUCUUCUAUCCUCUUUAUGUUUGGCUUGACGUUUUCAGCAGUGUUCGGCGUCAUCGUCUACCGCAUCACAGUGUCGGCCCUGAUGGCGAUGAGCCCCGACCCGGAGACCAAGUCCAAUGUUCGGGUGACGGUGACGGCCACUGCAGUCAUCAUCAACUUAGUGGUUAUUCUGAUCCUUGAUGAAAUCUAUGGCGCUGUGGCACUGUGGCUGACUGAGCUAGAGAUUCCUAAAACAGAAACCAACUUUGAGGAACGUCUCAUCCUGAAAGCCUUCUUGCUCAAGUUUAUGAACGCAUACGCACCCAUCUUUUAUGUUGCUUUCUUCAAGGGAAGGUUUGCUGGUCGACCUGGAAAUUACGUGUAUGUCUUUAAUGAUUAUCGGAUGGAAGAGUGUGCGCCAGGAGGCUGUCUCAUUGAGUUGUGCAUUCAGCUCAGCAUCAUCAUGCUGGGGAAGCAGCUAAUCCAGAACAACAUCUUUGAGAUCGGCAUCCCGAAGUUGAAGAAAUUGGUGCGUGCGAUGAAGGAUAAAGGAUCAGCAGAGAAGGAGAGGGAGGAGGAGAGGCCUCCACAGCAGUGGAACCUGGACUACGCCCUGGCUCCCUUUGAAGGCCUCACACCUGAAUACAUGGAGAUGAUCAUCCAGUUUGGUUUCGUCUCUCUGUUCGUGGCUUCAUUCCCGCUUGCUCCUCUCUUUGCUCUGCUCAACAACAUCAUUGAGAUCAGACUGGAUGCCAAGAAGUUUGUUACAGAGCUACGUAGGCCAGUCGCCGUACGUGCUAAAGACAUUGGUAUAUGGUACAACAUACUGAGUGGAAUGGGAAAAUUCUCAGUCAUUAUAAAUGCCUUUGUGAUCUCCUUCACAUCAGACUUCAUCCCUCGGCUCGUCUACCAGUACAUGUUCAGUCAGACCGGCACCAUGCACGGCUUCAUUGACCAUACGCUCUCCUACUUCAAUGUGUCCAAUUUUAAACCUGGUACCGUGCCGCAGAACUCCCAGCUAGGAGACAUCACCGUCUGCCGGUAUAAAGACUACAGGGAACCCCCCUGGUCCCCAGAUGCGUACACGUUUUCCAAACAGUACUGGUGUGUCCUGGCUGCAAGACUGGCUUUCGUCAUACUGUUCCAGAAUCUGGUGAUGUUCCUCAGCCUCUUGGUCGCCUGGGUUAUCCCUGACGUUCCCAAAACCAUCAUGGAGCAGCUCAAACGGGAGAAGAAGCUCCUGGUCGACGUCUUCUUACGGGAAGAGAAGGAAAAAUUCCAGCUCAUCCAGAACCUCUUCUCCAAGGACACCACCCUCCACCCGGGCAGCCACGUGCUCCACCCGGGCCAGGGCCUCCCCAUCCCGGGCCGCUACAGUACUCUACCCUCAGGUCAAACGCAGGGCUUGGCUGGAGAUGUAGGUGGAGGAGGACCAAGGGCGAGGUGUAGGGCCGCCAGCUUCAGCCAGUUCACCAGGAAUAUUCCCCCGUCGCCAAGAAAUGAAAAUGAGAAUUCGAGACACACGGCGGUGUGACAUGUAACACACACCUCUGUAGGGGUGCUUCAGCUGGGCCUCAGGACUGCAGAACAUGUUGCUCGGGUGAUUCGGUCCGUGAAUGUCUUUGCCUGUGUCUUUUGUGUCCUGGUGUGUGUGACGCAGUAAUGCUGCGAUUAAAAAAAAAAAAAAUCACAGGAUAGUUUGGAACAAAUUUGAAUUCAUUGGUCAGUGUGGUUGAAUGUGCAAUGUCCACACUGGUUGAAUGGGUGUCUCCGUGUUGUUCCUCCUUGCACCGACUGUUCACCUGAUAAAGUGUUAUAAUUUUACUUUUUGGUAAAAAUUAAUUAUUUAGCGAGGCACACUUGCUUCAUAGCGUAGACAAGCAAUAAUUACUGUAUUAGGCUGAACAAAUGAAUAUUACAAGAACCUGGAAGAGACUGGAGAUAAAGAACUAUUAACAAAUGGACAGAUUCAGUGAUGAACAUUUAACACAAACGGAUUGAUGGAAAUUGUGGCUCAUUACUAGGGCUGGGGACUGUGAGAAUUUUCCUGCUUUAUAUGCUUAUGCUCUUUAUGUAUUUUAGUUUUUAACAGAAUUUGUAGCAACUACGACAUUCCACAUUUUCUGUAGUUUUCAAUACAUGGCACUGAAAACACACUGAAAACAUGAGCCUCCUAGAAGAAAAAAUCACUUUCUUUACACCAUGUACUGUGUUCCAGCUGAUUUUUCUCCAUAGAAUUCAGGAAUCACUUUGAAUGAAAUUGUAUUUUUAGUCAUUACACAGCUGCUGGUCAUUGUUUCUCUACACCCUACCCUACGUAUUCGAUGGAAGGAUGCACAUGCCAAUGUGGCACAUUGUUGUAUGCCACUCAUAGAUUCUAGUCCAAGCUAUAGUUUUAGAAAUAGAUGAUCUGCUAAUUGUUUCUGUUAGCCAUACAGACUUUUACAGCUGUCCACUUAGUACAGAAUGACUUAAUAACUACACUUAAUCACUUCUGAAUGCGAAGAGAGAGCCAACUCUUUUGCAAACUGUGAAUGGGAGUGAGCUAGAAUUAUUUCCCUGUUUUUAUUGUCAAGGGAACAAAAACUUCAUCAGCAUUCCUUCAUUAUGAAAUACCAGACUGUAUACUCUGACACUGCUGUAGGUAAGUAAUAAAUCUGGGUUCCUAAUGCCCAAAUAAAAGAGCUUCUCGCAUAAAAGAACUUACUGGUGUCACGAAAAGUCUGGCAGCCAUGUUGGAAGUCUUCAGCUGAGAAACAGACUAGAAUUGCAGUUGUUUCUGACUGCGAACCAUUUCAUCACUAAUACAUCUGACUGAUUUUAUGUUUAGAUAAUUUCAAUUUGUUAGUACGUUAGCUAGCUAUCUGGUAUAACUAUACGCUGUAUAGUUGUUAACUUCUUAGCAUACUUAUUAAAUUAGCUUUUGCAUGUUAAACUGAAAUUUGAAUUCUCACUUUUUGUGUAAGGAAAUAUAAGCUGAUUGAUGAUGCUGCUGCUAAUGUGCAUACUUUUCCAUUUUUCAAGAAAAGGAUUAAAAAAAAAACUUUAUUAGUGGAAAGUGUCCAAGCUUCUGGGUGGGUGGUUCUUUUGGAAGGAUUGACUGACAUUUGGGGGCCAGCAUUACUAGGAGCCACGACUUCCGUGGUGUGCUACUUAUUGGAACACAUCAUAACCUGUAGACUACAGACUUAAUAAAAGACGUAUUUCCUCACUUUCUCA